CCUCCUCCUCCACUUGCGCUCCCAUGAUCAAUGCACUCCCUCCCCGGGUAUUUGUCAAUUUCAGAGGCGAGGACUUGCGCGACAACUUCAUAAGCCAUCUCGAGACAGCCUUUAGAGACGGUGGCGUCAACUACUUUACUGACAAUCUAUUACGCCCAGGCAUAAAUCUCCAAACCCUUUUCAAGGAGAUUGAGGACUCAGAUAUCGCACUGGCAGUCUUCUCCAAACGGUACUCAAAAUCCCAUUGGUGCUUGGACGAGCUAGUGAAGAUUAUGGAGAGGGUGGAGCAGAACAAACUCCAAGUCAUCCCCAUCUUUUUCAAAGUGAGGGUUGAGGAUGUGAAGAAACAGACUGGAGAUUUCGAGCGGAACUUAUUAGGAGGAGAUCGCCGCGAAAAACCGGACAUGCCAAAAUGGGAGAAAGCUUUGCGUUCUGUUACCAAAAUAAAAGGCUUGAAUUCUGACAAGUGCAGGAACGAGAGUGAGUUGAUCAUCGACAUUGUACAGAGGUUGAAGAAUGGGGUAGAAAAAAAUAUAUCUCCAAGCACCUCCGCAUCGUUGAGUUGUAAUCCCGACACUGUCAUUGAACAACCUCACAAGGAUCUACCCCCAUAUGGAAUUGAGAAACGGCUUAAUCAACUCCAAGGCAAGUUAUUUUUGGACUUUAAUUGCGCAGCGAGUCGAAUUGUUGGAGUUGUUGGUAUGCCUGGUAUUGGUAAAACCAGUCUCGCGACAGCUUAUUACAAUAAGUGGAACUAUAAGGUAACGAUUCACAAGAAUAUCCCUAGCAUCCGCGAGAAUUCAAAAAGCCAUGGGACAGUUUGGUUGAGGAACACACUUCUGAAUGGUCAAGACUUCAAUGAGGAGGCAGACAUGUUCAGCAAAAAGGUUCUUUAUGUCUUGGAUGAUGUGAGCCACGUAGACCAAGUCAAAUUUUUAAACACAAACCGCGAGUGGAUCAAGGGUGGAAGCAAGAUUAUCAUUACAACGCGUGACAAGUCAUCGAUCCAAGAUAUAGUUGACGAUAUUUAUGUGGUCCCUUAUUUAAACGACAAAGAAGCUCUGCAGCUCUUUAACAGUCAUGCCUUCGUUGAUCAAACCAUUAGUGCCACAGGGAAUUUCCCAAACCUAUCGAAAAGUUUUGUGGAGUAUGCUGAUGGUAAUCCACUAGCCCUCGAGGAGUUGGGAAAGGAGAUUCGUGGGAAAGAGGAUGUUCACUGGAAAGCAAGACUAGCAACACUGCCACAUAUUUGUAACCAGAAUAUCCUAACUGGUUUGAGAACUAGUUAUGAUAGACUGACUUGUCAACAGAAAGAUGCGUUUCUCGACAUAGCUUGUUUCUUCAGAUCAGAGGAGGAAGACUAUGUGAAAUGUUUACUGGAUGACUCCAAGUCAUGUGAAGCUGUAAGAGAUCUCACUGAAAAGUAUAUGAUAUGCAUCUCUGCCGGCAGAAUAGAGAUGCAUAAUCUACUUUGUACACUGGGAAAGGAACUUGGUUCAUCAUAUAAAAAUAGUUCGGGGGGAAGAAUGUGGGAACAUGAAGAAACUAUUGAGACUCUACGCUCUGUAAAAGAGGGUAAAAAAAAGGUGAGAGGUAUUUUUCUAGACACGUCCAAAGUAAGCAAUGGAAUAGCCUUACACACGAAUACCUUUGUCGAAAGGUUCGACCAGUUGAAUCUGCGCUACCUCAAAAUUUAUGAUUCUCUUUGUCCUCAACAAUGUGAUUCUGACUGUAAAGUUAACUUGCCUGAUGAACUUGAGCUCCCAUUUCAAGAGAUCCGAUAUCUCCACUGGUUGAAAUUCCCAUUGGAUAAACUUCCACCAGAUUUCAACCCAAAUAAUCUUAUUGAUCUCAGGCUACCUUACAGUAAGGUUGAACGAGUUUGGGAAUCUGCUAAGAAAGCACCACGGUUGAAGUGGGUGGAUCUAAGUUACUCAACUAUGUUGAGCGACCUGACAGCAUUGUCCAAGGCGAUUAAUCUCCAGAGACUAAAUCUUGAAGGCUGCACGAAUCUGAGUAAGUUGCCAAGAGAGAUGAAAAACAUGAAGAGCCUUGUUUUCAUCAACCUCAAGGGAUGCAUAAUGCUUUCAUCUCUACCAGCAAAACUGAGUCUAACCUCUCUGAAGACUCUAAUCCUCAGUGGCUGCUCAAAAUUUGUCAAGUUUGAGCUGAAUUCUGAAAACCUUGAAUUUCUACAUUUAGAUGGUACUGCAAUCGAGAGUCUUCCUACAAGCAUCCAGUACUUCAAGAAACUUGUGAUACUGAAUUUGAAAGGCUGCAAAAAGUUGGAGAGUCUGCCUCCUUACUGCCUCGACAAGUUGAAGGCUCUUGAAGAACUAAUACUCUCUGGUUGUGGUUGUGAAAAGCUUACGAGAUUUCCUGAUAUCAAGGAGAAUAUGGAAAAUCUGCAGAUUUUACUACUUGAUGGGACCUCAAUAGAAGAGGUGCCAAAUAUAUUAUUACAAUCAGGUAAAUUCAAAGACCAAGUGUUUUGUCAACAGCCACUCCGGAUGAACAGCGUGUCCUUGUUGAGGCGUCUAUGCUUAAGCGGUAAUAAAAAAAUCCUGAGCCUUGGAUCCAGCAUUAGCCAACUAUACCAUUUGAGAUGGAUACACUUGAAGGAUUGCGAGAAACUUGAAUCAAUUUCAACGCUCCCACCAAAUCUUCAGUGCUUAGAUGCGCAUAAUUGUAUCUCACUAAAAGCAGUAGCGAAUCCUCUGGCUCUUCUUAUCCCAACAACCCAGCAGGUCCCCUCUUCAUUUAUUUUCACCAACUGUGAAAAACUUGAGCACGCUGCAAAGAAUGAAAUCAUAUGCUGUGCUCACAAUAAGAGCCGUCUCCUAUCAGAAGCAUUUAAUCGCCACAGUCAGGGUUUUGCUUCUGAAGCUUUGGUUGGUGCUAGCUUUCCUGGAAGUGAAAUUCCAGCUUGGUUUAGUCACAGGGCUUCUGGAGCAGAGUUAGAGCCAGAGCUGCCUCGGCAUUGGAGUGAAAAUGGGUUUGUUGGAAUAGCUCUCUGUGCUGUUAUCUUAUUCGAGGACGACAAGACUCGAUACAAUAAACUCCAGGUGAAAUGCAAAUGUGUAUUCAACAAUGUUGAGACAUCGCCUAGCAACUUUGAUUGCCGUAUUGGAGGUUUAUCUGAGACAGGAGAUGAGGGACGCACGUUUAAGUCUACUCAUGUGUUCAUUGGCUACACCAAUUGGUUGAAUGUAAAAAAAUGUCAAGAAGGUGAUUGUAUGAUGGGAUGCGUUCCUACUAAAGCUUCCAUUAAAUUUGAAGUGACAGAUGGUAGCAAGGAGGUUAGGAGUUGUGAGAUCAUUAAGUGCGGCUUUAGUUUAGUUUAUGAAUCAGGUUCUUGGGAGGGAAGCUCAAGGAGAGAGAACGUCAGCCAAGGUGAAAGUGUGUUGUUGAGUCUGUGGAGAGGAAUAAAUUGGUUCUUUAAACCAUCAAACUAUAUUGCAACCGCAAAAAGGGACGAUAACUUCACUGGCAAAACAAGCUGUACUAACUAGUAAGUAGCUCUACUGAGUGCUAAAAUAGCUUAUUUUAUCGAUUUUAUCUUCUUGUAACAACACUUUUUGAGGCUAAGAUUAUUAUAUAUGUCACUCGUUUUCACGUUUUCGUUUCUCAUGUCUAUUACUUGAACAAAGUUGGGUUCUAAGGUUUUGCCUUGUAUGAACUUGAAACUCA